UUUUCUAGUGUGAUUUCUAUAGAAAAAGAAGUCAAACUGCCAAAAGAAAAAUUGGAAAAAAAAUUGGUCAUAGAAACAAACUCAACCAUUAACCACAUAUCCAACACGGUAAUUCAUAUAUUCUUCAAUCCUCCAAGAUGCUCAGAUCCACUGUGAAAAGAUCAUUUAGCACAUUAACACGUCGCUCUUUGCUCGUCAAAUCAUCAUCAGCUCCAUUAUCCUCCAGAAUAGUGACCCGUAACUAUGCUUCCAAAAUUGUCCCAUUAACAAGUGAAACUUAUCCAAAUGUUCAUCGUGAUCAAAGAUAUAAAAAACUAUCAUCUCAAGAUUUAGAUUUUUUCAAAUCAAUCUUACCAGAAUCAAGUAUAAUCCAAGAUUCAGAUGAUUUAUUAUUUUAUAAUGAAGAUUGGAUGAGAAAAUAUAGAGGUCAAUCAAAAUUAACAUUAAAACCUAAAACAACUGAACAAGUUUCUCAAAUUUUGAAAUAUGCAAAUGAACAUAGUUUGGCUAUAGUGCCACAAGGUGGUAAUACCGGUCUUGUUGGUGGAUCCAUCCCAGUGUUUGAUGAAAUUGUAUUAAACGUUUCAAAUUUAAAUUCAAUUAGAUCAUUUGAUAAAACUUCAGGUAUCUUGAAAGCUGAUGCCGGUGUUGUUUUAGAAAUUGCUGAUCAAUACUUGGCUGAACACGGUUAUAUCUUCCCAUUGGAUCUUGGUGCUAAAGGUUCUUGUCAUGUUGGUGGUGUUGUGGCAACUAAUGCUGGUGGAUUACGUCUAUUACGUUAUGGUUCAUUACAUGGUUCAGUUUUAGGUUUAGAAGUUGUAUUACCAGAUGGUCGUGUCCUUUCAUCAUUAGAUGCACUAAGAAAAGAUAAUACUGGUUAUGAUUUAAAACAAUUGUUUAUUGGUAGUGAAGGUACUUUAGGUGUUAUUACUGGUGUUUCGAUCUUGUGUCCUCCAAGACCACAAAGUUUUAAUGUUGCCUUUUUAGGUGUUGAAAGUUAUGAAGCUGUUAAAACCACUUUCAAGAGUGCUAAACGUGAAUUGGGUGAAAUCUUGUCAGCUUUUGAAUUGAUGGAUUCUAAUUCUCAAGUUUUAGCAAAAGAACAUUUGAAAACUACACAUCCUUUAGAAGAUGAACAUCCUUUCUACGUUUUAAUUGAAACUUCAGGUUCAGAUGCUACACAUGAUCAAGAAAAAUUGGAAAAAUUCUUGGAACAAGCUUUUGAACAAGAAAUUAUUAGUGAUGGUGUUAUUGCACAAGAUGAAACUCAAUUGAAAAACUUAUGGAAUUGGAGAGAACAAAUUCCUGAAGCUUCGACUAUUGGUGGUGGUGUUUAUAAAUAUGAUGUUUCAUUGCCAUUAGAUCAUCUUUAUGGAUUAGUUGACGCUGUUAGAGAAAGAUUAAUCGAACAUAAAUUAUUAGGUGAAACUGAAGAAUUCCCAGUCAUUGAUGCUAUUGGAUACGGACAUGUUGGUGAUGGUAAUUUACACUUGAACGUUGCUGUUAGAAGAUAUACUAAAGAUGUUGAAAAAGUCUUAGAGCCAUUUGUUUAUGAAUGGGUUUCAUCUAAAAAAGGUUCAAUUUCUGCUGAACAUGGGUUAGGAUUCCAAAAAAAGAAUUAUAUUGGAUACUCCAAGAGUGAAUUAGAGAUUGAAUUGAUGAA